AUGCCAGUCCAGACAGAUUCCGGCUCUUGUGUUCCUUUGGAUACAGAAACGGAAAGUGGACGGUCUGACGGAUCAGAAAUCACUCCAAUACUUGACCAUAAUAUACCUGUCGAUGACGCUCUUGGGAGUAUUAUGGAUUACCUUGAAGGGGCACCAUGUCCACCAAUCUUGCGGCCUGGAAAUGGAUUAUCAGAAUCACUUGUUCCUGAGCUACCGGCUUCCACCCCUGUUGACUUUCCUGAUACAAGCCCAAAGUCACCUGCAAAAGCUCUCCAUGCGGAUUUCAAUAUCAAACUAGCUCUAUACCCGCUUCAAAAAGCUAUCUGGUGCAAAAAGAGCCGUCUGUGGAAGUCCUUGGAGCCCGACCUUCUCAAGGGCUCGUCUCCGAUAGCGCAUUCUCACUUGGACAAAUUGCCUGUUACACCUCGUCCCAUUGCCGGGAAUAUAACGUUCCACCCUCAGGAAGGCUGCGUUGAUGGAAGAGAUGUCUCCGAUCAGGAUACAAAGGUUAGGAUUUUUCCACCAGAAAAGCAUAAACAUGGAGUUCGCCAGAAACAACCGGUCAUUCCGAAUAUAAAAGUGGAGGAAGUUUUCAAGCGCACGAAGCAACAAGUGCUACAUCUCAAUAUUGUUUCGAUUUUGCAACUGGGGACAGUGGCGGAGGCCAGGAACCCUGACACGAAUGUGGGAACAAAUUCCCAGGACGAAGAUGACGAGGGUAAUAACAACCGGAAACGCAAGCGGUUCAAGAGCCCAGAUCCCGGGCGAGCCAAACAGCAAUUCGCAUGUCUCUAUCAUAUGCGUCACUUUUCUCGGACCCACGGUGAAUACGUUUGCAGCGAAUGUUAUCGGACAUUUGAAAAUAGCCAACUUCGACAGGAUCUUGCUCAAAGCCGUUAUGAAGCUUCAUUGCUCUUAGGAGGAGAUAUGGGCUUCUAUGUGGCGGGAAAGAUUCAGAGGGGCGCCCCUACCCAAAUCCCCAUAUUGGGGGCCAUCGUCUCCACCCUUGUUACCUCGAUUGAAUACUUCUGUUGA